CGAAGGGAAGAAGAGUGACAGGAACAAUGGCGCCCGUUAUGAAGAAGAAGGUGACCUAUAUACUGACGUGGUGAACGGUUCUGAUGACCUCGAGGAGUUGCCCAUCCCCAUGGCUCAGUCUGCAAGGGUAAAGGGCUUCACGCGUCCGGACGGAACGUACGUGGUCAACGACGAAGAUGGCUACGGCUGCGUCUUGGCGUACUUCAAAGCAGAGGUCACCAUCUACUAUGCUGAUGUCAAAGGAGACUACCAGAGCAAGCUGGUGUCCCCCGAAGACGACUCCGAGGUGUCCGGGACGUGUGAUCGCAUCGGCAAGGUGUCCGAGGUGGUCGUGGGCUGGAAGACCUUCGUCCUCGGCCUCCGCUUCGGCCUCGACGAGAUCACCGACUCGUGGUAUGUCUCGAGGUUCAGCCUGACCUACGACCUCAGCGACCCCGAGUUCGCCUCAGCCGCCCCGGGCGGAGGCGAGGUGACCGUCAUGAGCAAGGACAACCGCAAGUACUGGCAGACCAACAACGCCCGUUCCUUCCGCUGCCUCCUCCUCCACGACGUCCCCCUCACCGACAGCUUCAACAACUCGGCGACGCUGCAUUUCGACGAGGUCCGCGUCCAGGCCUUCUCCAGCAGCGACAGGUUUAGAACGCCCAAGCACUGCAUCCACCGCGUGCACCGAGACGAAAUGGUGCCGGUGACCGUGGGUGCCUCGCUCGCCGCCUCCGCCCUCCUCACCAUCGCUUUCUACGGCAUCUUCAGGUACUUCAAGGUCAAGAAGGUCAACUACGACACUAUGGAGUGAUAAUGACCUUGCUACGGGGGAUUGGCUGCAGGGCUAACUCUGAAAAUGACAGCGCACUUUUUUUUACUUUUAGGAAAAUCUCUAUCUGCGGAACUUUUGCAUAUCUAAGUCCAGUGGGUUUAGGUUUACUGAUCGAGUAAGUCAUGUUACAGAGAAUAUAUUAUUAUAAAACCUGUUGUUGCGUAACGUUAUAAGGUCACGUGCAUGAACGCACGAACGCACAAAAUACAGAUUUUCACAUGUAUAUGUGUCU